AUGUUCCGUGCAAGCAAAGCUCUUGGUCAGAGGUUUGCCUCUACCAACGUUCCAGUUAAAACGGCCCGUCCCUUCAGAAACUUUCUAUGGAAAUUAGGUGCUGCUACUACUGUCUUCUACGUCGGCGGGGUGGCCUUGUCCACUUAUAACUAUCAAUUCGCUGAAUUGUUCACCGAUAAUGUUCCAUUGGCUGAAGAAUUGGUUCAAUUGGUUGAAUCGUAUAACGAUGGAACUUUGAACGCUCCUCAAUUGUCUCUGGAUGAGAUUAGAAAGAAGUUCGGAUCGAUCACAAGGAAAGUACAAAGUGUUCCUCAUCUGGGAUCCACCUCUUCCACUGUCACUGAAUCUCAAUCGAUUGCCUCCGGGUCCGGUUCUACUGCGGCAGCAGCAACCACAGGCACGGAUUCUAAUUCCGUGGUAUUAUCCUCUGUUCCACCUGUUGGCUCCGUGUUGUUGAGAUUACCUCAUUUGAAACUCGACGAUGAUUCAAACUCCUUUAACAACAAGUCCUUUGUCGAGUCUUUCAACAAGCAAGUUGAUUCACUCAACGAAAAAGAGUUUAUACUUCCAGAAAAUGCAGUAGAAUCAUUCCUAGAAUCGUACCAUGGCUUAUCCAGUCAAUUGAACGAAUUGAAUAGAGACUUGGCUGAUCAAUUGAACUCUCAAUUAGGUCAACUUUCUGCGGAAUUGAAACAAUCAGUUGAAUCUGAUAAAGUGAAAGAAAUUGAAUCAAAUAAGUUGCAAUUGAUGCAACAAUUUGAAAAGGAUUUAUCCAACUUGAAAGUAGAAUUCGAACAGAAAUUUGAUUCUCAAUUGCAAUCCUCUUUGAAGGCGAACGAACAGGCGAUGCUUGCUAAGCAUAAGAACGAAUUAGCCAUGCUAUCCAUUAAACAAGUGCAAGAAUUUAACAAGAUUAUUUCCAAUAAGAUUGAAAAUGAAAGAAACGGGAGGUUAAAGAAUUUGGAUGAAUUAAACGGCUCUGUGAAAACUGUUUCUGAUUCCUUAGCCGCUUUGGAAGAAACUUUACUCAGAUCCGAAUGUGUUAACCAGUUGACCAACUUGGUCUCAUCUAUCAAAUUCAAGUUGAAUUUGGAUAACACUCCAUCCCUUGACAUUUCCAAAGAUCUUCAAAAGUUGACCACCUUAGUCAAUAUCUUGCCUGGUAAGCCAAACAAAUGUGACGCCAAGGAACCUCAGUUGAUUGAUGUUGUCGUUAACGAAUUGAACUCUUUGACCUCUGCCAAAGAAAACAAGCAAAUUCUAUCUAACGAACAACUUCUAAACAGAUGGGGCUUGCUCCAAGACAAAAUCAGAGAAGCGUCACUAUUACCCCCAAACGCAGGUUUCCUAGGCCACGUCUCGGCUAAGUUCUUCUCAUUGUUCCUAUUUAAUAAAUCAGGCAUUUCUAACGAAAAUGAUAUCGACUCCGUCAUCUCUCGGGUCACAGAAAACAUCAAACUCAACAGACUUGACAAGGCAGUCGAAGAUGUCGUGCAACUACAAGGCUGGUCUAGACUAGAAGCUGACGAUUGGCUACAAGCAGCUCGUUCCAAACUGGAACUUGAAACUUUGGUUGAUGUUGUUGAUCACGAAAUUAAAACUCUAUGA